CUCAUGCUCAUCCAUAAUACCACACAGCGUCAAGAGCACGCCCCCAUGCAUCUCCAACAGCUCAGCAAUUCUGAAGGCCAUCCCAAAUUCAACAUGACAUACGCUCUGCCCAUCUGACGCCCUUGCCAGUUCGUCCUCAUUCAGGCCAAAUACUCAAUGUGUGGUGCACGGGUGUCAGUGUGGUGUCUAGCGAGCACCGAGAAAAAAAGCCUGGGAAAAAGACAGGCCUCAUCUCGGCUCAUCAGGUGCAUCGCAAGUAUCACACGAAAACAUGACUGAGUCAAUUUACACAGGUGAAGAUUUCGAGGACAAGGUCAAGAAGCAGGUUGAAUUCUACUUCUCGGACUCCAACCUCCAGACCGACAAAUUCUUGUUCAAGAUCUACGAGGCCAACGAUGGCUGGGUCGAGUUGAAGACGAUUUUGACCUUCGGCCGGAUGAGGCAGUACAGACCUGAGGAAAAGGCCAUUGCCGCGUUGAAGACGUCGGACAAACUUGUGUUGUCUGCCAACGAAGACAUGAUCAGAAGAAAGGAUCCGUUGAAGGAUUACAACGAGAUCAAGAACACUAGAAAGAAGAACUCUGUGCACAUCGAAGGGUUCCCCACCACGUUGCUGCAGGAAGACGUGGAGGAGUGGUUCAACAGCAAGAUCUUGCCUACUUUGCCCCAAGAGAAGGCGGUGUGUUCCAUCCGUAGAAUUAGAUCUAGAGCCGACAAGCAGUUCCUUGGGGUAGUCGAUGUUGAGUUUAACACGCACGAGGACGCCGAGUACUUCUUGAGUGUUUCGGCCACUUAUGCGGACGGAAUUGUGAGCGAGGAGAGCGUCGAAGACAAGAAGGACCUCUUGCAGAAAAUGUCGCUUUUGACGUUCAGACAGAUGAGGGAGUCGGGCAAGAGAUUUGGCGUCAACGAUGUUACCAAGAGACGCAACUCGUUCAAGGACAACAACCGAAAGAAGAUGAGAAAGUCGGACAAGAAGGAUGAUGAGAAGGUGGAGGAGAAGGUGGAGGAGAAGGUGGAGGAGCCAAAGGAGGAGCCAAAGCAGGAGGCCACUGCCUGAAUAUGCUUGGACG